CACGCGUCACAGGGCUGCUGUCUUGGUUCCCCUCUGGAGUUGGCAGCUCCCUGCCAGCAGUGACCUUCGGCCGUUGUUCUUGAUGAAUCCUGCCAGUGCGAGUGCCCCCUGGCACACGGGCUGUCUGCACCAGAAAUUGUUGGGAGCAGGCGGGAGCCGUGGAGCUUGGAGAUGAGAGCGCCCCAAGGAGGUGUGGCCGUCAGGUGAGGCGGGGCCCCGGGCCGGGCAUGCGCCUGUCGGUGCGCAGGGCGCUGCUGGCGGCCGGCUUCGCGCUGGCCCUGGUGCUGGCGGCGCAGCUCGGGCAGCAGGCUCUGGAGUGCCGGGCACUGCUGGGCAGCAGCUCGCGGAGCCCGGGGCGGAUGCGGCCGGAGCAGGAGGAGCUGGUGAUGCUGGGCGCCGACCGCGUCGAGUACCGCUACGGCAAGGCCAUGCCGCUCAUCUUCGUGGGCGGCGUGCCCCGCAGCGGCACCACGCUCAUGCGCGUCAUGCUGGACGCGCACCCGGAGGUGCGCUGCGGCGAGGAGACGCGCAUCAUCCCGCGCGUGCUGGCCAUGCGGCAGGCCUGGUCCAAAUCCGGGCGGGAGAAACUGCGUCUGGACGAGGCCGGCGUGACCGACGAGGUGCUGGACGCGGCCAUGCAGGCCUUCAUCCUGGAGGUGAUCGCCAAGCAUGGGGAGCCGGCGCGCGUGCUGUGCAACAAGGACCCCUUCACGCUCAAGUCGUCCGUCUACCUGUCGCGCCUCUUCCCCAACUCCAAGUUCCUGCUGAUGGUCCGCGACGGCAGGGCCUCGGUCCACUCCAUGAUCACGCGCAAGGUCACCAUCGCGGGGUUUGACCUCAGCAGCUACCGAGACUGCCUAACCAAGUGGAACAAGGCCAUCGAGGUGAUGUACGCGCAGUGCCUGGAGGUGGGCAGGGACAAGUGCCUGCCCGUGUACUAUGAGCAACUGGUGCUGCACCCCCGGCGCUCGCUCAAGCGCAUCCUGGACUUCCUGGGCAUCGCCUGGAGCGACGCUGUCCUGCAUCACGAGGACCUCAUCGGCAAGCCCGGGGGCAUCUCUCUGUCCAAGAUCGAGCGCUCCACGGACCAGGUCAUCAAGCCUGUGAACCUGGAAGCUCUCUCCAAGUGGACUGGCCACAUCCCCGGGGACGUGGUGAGGGACAUGGCCCAGAUCGCCCCCAUGCUGGCUCGACUCGGCUAUGACCCGUAUGCAAACCCACCCAACUACGGAAACCCCGACCCCCUUGUCAUCAACAACACACACCGGGUCUUGAAAGGAGAUUAUAAAACACCAGCCAAUCUGAAGGGUUCUUUUCAGGUGAACCAGAACAGCACAUCCUCGACCUAGGAGGUUCGUGAUCUCCAGAUCUCUGCAAAUGGCUCUGCUGCCAAGAAGAGAAGCUGCUGCGUCCGCGUGGACAGUGGUCUCCUGUCCAAGCCCUUGCUUGCUGUCGGGGCCAGAGUGGAGCGGCGGAGGGCGGCUGUUUGCAUGUUUGCACAAGCUGGACCGGGGAACCUCUGGCUUUAGACACUCCAGGGUGGAGAGCGGAGUGUGGAGGCAGUCUGUCCUUGGAAACUUGGGCCUUUUCUAUUUUUUCCCCUUGGGAAAUUAUUUUUUUUUAAAGAAAUGGAUUUGCCAUCUUCCCUCAUUAUCUGGCUGCCUUGGUGGCCCCAUGUGCUGGGACAAGGCUCAUGACCCGUGCCUCUCCUGGUGACCUGGAUGCUGAGCUCCUGGAUCUAUUUAAGCAUUUAGUAUUUGAGGCUACGAGUCCUCAAUUCUACUCAGCUUCACAGAGAGAAAAAAAAAAAAAAAGAGCAUUUUGAUAAUGUGAACAAAGGCCCAUUUGUCUGUGCCUUACUUUAGUACUGAGGGAGUAGGGGUUUUUGUUUCCUACAUGUCGAAUCUUGUCCCAUGGACCAGUGACGUACAGAAGCUGUCCAGAGCACUGUGGACGCUUGUCAAGGUCCAGUGGCCUCUGUCAGGCCUCGUCACUUAAAGGAGUUAAAGGAUGUGUGGUGAUGGUGCCUUUCUGGGAGGGUUCACAGGCAGAGGCCGCCUUAGUGGCACCUCGAAGGUCCCCUAGGGAUUCUUCCCUGCAAGUAUGCAUGGACAUGGAUGGUGACCAAGAGGGCGGGACUUAGCUGAGCCAAUGUGCGAGGUCUCCCAGGUGUGGAGCCACCCACCCUUCCAGAGGGUGUGGCCUCCCCAGGCUCCCAUCCCAGUCAAAUCAUUAAUGUCUCAAGGGCCUGGAGUCAGUGUCCCCUACCCCGUCAGGGGCCAGGCUGGGGGCCACUCCAGUCCUGCCAAGAUAACUCAUUGCUCAUAUGUUCAGUGACCAUCUGAGCAGCUAAGAGUGCCCGUGUUGAUCCACACCUUCCUGCAGUGCAUUUCGGGAUCACGUGUGAGGUGUUGGCAACGCCCACCAGUGUCCUGGGGUAUGGACUAUGCAGCCAGGCUCUCUCCACUUACCUUGGUGUUGCUGUGCUGAGGUAAUUGACAUAAGCAACUCCACGAGCAAAGAAGUAUUUCAGCUCACAUCCUAGAGGUAUCGAUCUGACAUUUCAGGGAGGGCGUGGUAUAACAGCUCACAUCAUGGUGGAUUACCAAGCACAGGGGAACACGGGUACCCAGGGGUGGGUGCCACCCAGGAUAGGGUGGGUCUUUCCCUCUCAGUUAAUACCCCAGAAACACUCUCUCAAAUACACCCCGAGGUGUGCCUCACCAGUCUCCGAGGUGAUUCUAAACCCAGGCAAGUUGAUGAUGUAGAUAAACCUGCUAGCUACGUGGGCAGAGACUUCCUCUCCUCAUCUGUGAAGAGGGCGUGUUGGUAGUGCAUGGCAGUGUUGGGAGCCACAGCUGGCAACACUCGCCCUGGGUUUCCUCAGGUCACACCAGAAGGCCAUCUGUGAAGACCCAGGAUCUCCACAGUAGUGCCCAGGAACAUACGGGUAACUAAUAGAGGGAGAGGGGUGGAUGCUGCCUCUGGUCCCCAUGCAGGGGUGAUUGGGUCUCCUCUCACAGUCCACUCUCUUCAUCCUCAUCCUCUCAUUUGAGGACAGUGUUUGCCUGUUUGUUUGUUUUUAAUUCUGAGCACUCAGUGAAUGCAUCUCCAAAAACAGAGCUAUCUGAAGAAGUUUUAGAAAGAAUGCAAGAGGCCCUAUUUGUACUUCUCAACACCCCCUUUCUUCCUUGAAGCCACCCUUUCCUGUUGGAACAUAGUAUUCCUGCCUUUUCCUAUGAAUUUGCAUACAUAUAAAUACAGCCUUUUCUUCAUA